CUUCAACCACCACCUGCAUCUGCUCAACUGCUUUCAGAGAUUCGUAUCUGCAUACCUUUUUUUUCGCAUUGUACUACAUUCAACUGGCGAUAAUCUGCAAACUUGUUAAUUGAGCUCUUUUUUUCAUUACAUUCCGGCUUGCUUAGCUCUCACAAGCCUACAUUCACAUUACCACACCUACACGCAUCGAGCGAUUCAACAAUCGUCAUCGGUGAGCUUGGACUUGGCAAGUAGCAAGUCACUAGCAAACAGACGCCAACACGUCAACAUCAGCAAGACAUUGCGCAAAAACGCAAAAAUAGUCAACCCUGUCUUUGGAAUACGAUAUAACAAGGACGAUUUAUUCUCAAACCUUGUCGCCUGAGCGCGAAUAUCUAAUACACCUGCACCAAGUGUCUUGUCGCACGAGCAGCCAAUAUGGUGAAGGAAACUAAGCUUUACGAUGCACUGGGCAUCAAGCCCGAUGCGACACAAGAUGACAUCAAGAAGGGAUACAGGAAACAAGCACUUAAGUGGCACCCCGACAAGAACAAGAACAACACAGAUGCAGCCGAGAAGUUCAAGGAGGUAUCUCAAGCAUACGAGAUCCUCUCGGAUCCAGAAAAGCGCAAGACAUAUGACCAAUAUGGGCUUGAAUUCCUCCUGCGCGGGGGCGUGCCCAUGGACACGGAUGGUGGCAACCCCUUCGCUGGCGGUGCUGGUGGCAUGCCUGGAGGCUUCCAGAACUUCGGCUUUGGCGGUCCAGGUGGUGGCGGCACUUUCCGCUUUUCGACCAACGGCAGCGGGUUCAGUUUCAGCAACCCCGAUUCCGUCUUUUCAGAUUUCUUCAGGCAGGCCAGUGGUGGUGGCGGCGGCGGUAUGGGUGGCAUAAACCCUGAAGACCUUGAAGAUAUUCUCGGCGGCGGUGCCCGCUCCUCGAGGGGAGGUCCGCGCGUGCGGUCGUCCUUUGGUGAUUCCGUGCCCGGUGGUGGUGCGAGGUCACAAAGGCAACCCACACCUGAGAUCACAACGGUCGAGCGUCCCCUGCCAGUGACGCUGGAGGAGAUGUUCAACGGCACCACCAAGAAGAUGAAGAUCAAGCGCAAGAUGUUUGACGACUCAGGAAAGCGCACCACUACCGACACGGUUCUCGAGGUCCCCAUCAAGCCUGGUUUGAAGAAGGGCAGCAAGAUCCGCUUCAAGGGGGUGGGCGACCAGGAGGAGGGCGGCCAGCAGGAUUUGGUCUUUAUCGUGGAAGAGAAAAAACAUGCACUCUACACUCGCGAGGGUGAUGAUGUCGUCCACGAUGUCGACCUGGAGCUCAAGGAGGCCCUGACAGGCUGGAAGCGCACAAUCACAACCAUUGACGGAAAGCAGCUGCAAAUCGACAAGGCAGGGCCUACGCAGCCAGGCUCCCGUGAUACCUACCCUGGCCUCGGAAUGCCAAUCUCCAAGAAGCCUGGCCAGAGGGGUAACUUUGUUGUCAAGUACAACGUCAAGUUCCCCACCUACUUGACACCCGAGCAAAAGACAAAGUUGAAGGAGAUCUUAUGAGUUGAUGCUGACUUUGAGAGGUGGUAAAUAAUUUUCUUGUAAUUUGGCUUAGAGGCGAAAGGCAGUGAGUACAUUAGGCGUUUACUCUUUCAGCUUUUGAUUUUCCUUGUUUUCUUCUCACGGAUGGGGCGUCUGCAUCCGCGGCAUGGGAGUUAUGAGUAUACGUCGGUUUUUUGUUUUGUUCUUCUUGGCGUUCUUUCUUUUCUCUCUCUUCGCAGCCAGCUUUGCGACUGGGGAUUAGGCGACAGGCUUGGCCCGAUUUUCCAACUGGGAGUGGUAUAAUAUAGCACUUAUACAGACGAAAUGACGAUUUUAACGCAUUUAGACACAUGCAUUUACUGACAAAAAUGCAUGUCGGGUGGUAUCAUGAUGGGAGGAUGCAUAGAGAGCAGAGAAUGUUCUAUAAUAGAUAGCCUGUGCACAGUUAGUUCUAUCAACUUGUGCUUUUCGCCCACA